AAUAUAAAUAAAAGUUGCAAACCGAAAACUACAACAGUGGAAAUAAAAACAGAAUAGAUUUGAGAAAAAUUGGUGGUUCUGAAGUAUAACUUCCGGCGCAUAAGUCUAUUAGAUGCUUCAAUUUCCACGAAGUUGUAUUGUUGUGCUCAAUUAGGAGGUAGUAUAGCUUGGCACGUUUCCGUUUUGUAAGCGUUAUAUAUUGGGCAUUAGCGUCUAUCUUUCUAUUUUGCAAGCCUAUAUUUAUCGUGUUUGAGACUUUGGGUAACAUGCCUUCAGGGAAGCGUAUUGCUGAUAUUGGCUACAAAGUGUUUUCUGGCUCUAUGAUGCUACUGACAGUCUAUGGAGGUUAUAUUUGCAGUAUGCGGGCAUAUCGGUACUUCAAGCGAAGACAGGCCCUGAAAAUGGCAGCUGACAACCAGAGUACUGAUUUCAUAAAAGACUGACUACAUAUAUCUAAUUGGUAAUGCUUAAGGCUUCUGAAAAAGUAACUUCUUGAACAGUGACUUGCUUGCCUCCUGUGUUGUCCCGCAUUGUUGCGUUUUUUAUUUGCUGACACGGGGUUCCAGCAUUAGGUCUGUUUGUUACUUAAUGACUGUUCCUGCAAGGAUUUUCCUAUUCUAAUAAACUCUGGAUUUUGCUUCUGAUACAUAUUUUUUUCAACUCUGCAACCACCCAACGUUUAGUGGUGGUGACCUUGUAUUCACCUUAACCGAAACAUUAUCUUGGAGUGGAUACUACUAGAAACACCAAGUUACAAUGGCUCUUGUUUUGAUUAUGUGCUCCUUUUUCUAAUUAGGCUGUAGGGCACUGUGCUGAAUACUGCAGACUAAAAUUUGAUUAAAUUAUUCGCACUAGAA